AUCCAAUUGCCUCACCAGCAGUCGGCGCGCGUCAACACACGGACUGUGCCCGGCGCCUUUAUUUGUUCCGCUGAGGUCCGUUUUGCCCAAAAUGCACCAUGGGCAACGAAUCCAGUAGACCGGAGGGGCACCCGGCCAGGUCGCGCUCGCUCUCCCCGCUUCCGCGCGACGAGAUGUCUCCGUACGAAGGCGACGACGACGAUACGCGCCCUGUCCCUUCCUCCAUGCCUGCAUCGCUCGCCACUGCAGACCCGCGGCUGCGCCUUCCUUCCGGUGCCGAUCCUCCUCCCGGGGGGCGUGGCCGCCGUCAGCCUCGCCAGCCUCGCGAGUCUUCCUCCGAAUCGAGCAAUCCCAGCGACCCCGGCGCGUCCAGCGACUCGAGCGAACCCGGGGACCCUGGCGUCGACUCCAGCGGCUCCAGUGAUUCUGGCGAACCCCCCUCGCCUAGCCCCAGCUCCAGCUCCUCGUCGACUAAAAAUCGGUUAUUGCCGGCCAGACAGCCACGUCGUGUCCGGACGGCCCCGCGACAGAAGGCCACCGUCACCCUCACACAACCCCAGGAGCCGCUCGGCGAGCCUGAACCGGACGCCGUCGCGUCUUUUGGGGGCAAGCCGAGCAAGAAGGGCAAGGGGAAGGCCAAGGAGAUGCCGGAGACGACGGCUGUUGCGUCUCCUUCGAGAACCGACGCUGGCGACGAAUCCCCGCCCAGCGCGCAGCCGUUGACAUCCCAUGGCCGACGAAACAGCGGGUCCGAGGCGCGCAAAAAGCCGAGAAGGCGCCAUUCAUCUCCUGACGAGGAGGGUGUGGACGGGCGUUUAAAGGCAGAACCUCCCGACGAGGACGGGUUGGACCGGACGUUGCCUGAACACGUCGCUGGCGGCCUUCAAAGUGCGGCAACCGUGCCAUCCCAGAGUCUCCCUUACCCGAGCUCCCAGCGCUCUCAUUCUGACUCUGGAUAUGCUGAGCCUGACGUCCCUCCCAAGUCGGCGCCGGAACGUGAGAUGAAUCCGGCUCUCUCCGGUGGCCUCGACGCCCUGCCGCAUGCCGGGGAUGAUGGGGCUUCUGCUGAAGAUGACCAGCCACCCGCCUCUACCCUUCCGACGUCGUCGGGCGGCAGUCCUGGGUCCCGGCAGAUCACCAAAAGGAAGACGAAGCGUCCUUUCUUCUCUCAAGAGGAAGAAGAGAACGCGAGAGCCCUUUCCGAACUCCCUCCUGACGGCGCCGUGUCGCCGCCCGAACCGAGACGAUCAAGAAGACUGCGCGUGACUGCGCAAGGCAAAGCCCGCCCUCCCACUGCGUCUCGCGGGGUAAAGAAGCAGAAGACGCCCGAGCGACAAGCGGACGUCGACACCAGCGGCGCAGACUCGGAUGACGAGGAACAAACGGAAAAGCCACAGUAUCAGUCUGGGCCACUUUCGGAUGCCGAGAAGAGCAGGAUUAACCGAGUGGUGGAAAGAUUCCUCGAGGACGAGGGCAUGACCCAGCAAGAGCUUAACCAGCUCAUUCAGGAGAAUCCCCAGACGAGUGCUCAUCCGGCCACCCGCCAGUUCUGGUCAUCGAUCCAAGAAGCCUGCCCUUCCCGCCGCCGCCGGAAGUUGAUUCACUGGUGCAGGCAACACUUCCACAACUUUGCCGGCCGGGGUACCUGGACUCAAGAACAGGACAAUGAGUUGGCGGAGCUGGUGGAGGCCCACGGCAAGAAAUGGAGCCACAUCGCAGGCCUCAUCAACCGCCACCCGAUGGAUGUGCGCGAUCGGUGGAGAAACUACCUGGUCUGCCGCGGCAAUAACAGGACCGACCCUUGGUCCGAGGACGAAGAAGAGCGUUUCCGCGAGGUGGUCGAAACUGCCAUCGAGAAGAUCCGGGAGCGAUUGGACGAGGCCAGCGGAAAGUCGCCCGAGGACCUCAUCAACUGGCUCACCAUCAGCGAGGCCAUGGGCCACACCAGGACCCGGUUGCAGUGCAUGGAGAAGUGGAAGAGGAUGCGCGCAUCCGAGCCCGUUCCCGACGAGGUCCCCACGGUGCUUCCGCCGGGCUCCUCCUGGCGCCUGGAAAAGGCGCGCAAGGAGCUACGGUCGUUUACCGCGGCCGAAAAGUACGCGCUGGUGCGCGCAAUUCGCGACUCGGGAGUCGGGACGGACGCGAAGAUUCCCUGGAAGCAAAUCAUCCACCGCACUUUUGAUGGCAACUAUGAGCGUCAGAGCCUCAUGGUCACAUGGGGACGGUUGAAGCAGACUGUGCCGGAUCGGGAGUGGAAGACAACUCGGGACUGCGCCGGAUAUCUCUGCGACAUGUACGAGGAGGAAGGCAACUUUGCACCCUUGAAUCGCCGAGAAGCCGAGGAGGAUGUCAUUAAGGAAACCCCCAAGUCCACGAAGAAGCAGCGGCGGAAAGGCAAAGCCGCUGCGUCCUCGCCGAGCGGUUCGAAGAAAAAAUCGCGGCAGACCGAGCCAGACCCAAGCCCUGAGCUCGGCGCCGAACCCUCCGACGCCGGGCCUGACGAUGUCGUCACGGAGGCCCAGGUGCAUCCCGAGUACGCCUCCUUAGUAGCCGGGCAGUCGCACCGUGCCGCGCGAGCACCCAGCCCCGAGCUCGGCGCGAACCCGCCGGAGCCCUCCCCGACUGUCGAGGCCCAGGCGGCCCGAACGAAACGACGAGAGAGGCGCGCAAGCCUCGUCGCGUCGACGAACUCCAACGAAGGGAAGGGAAAGGGGCAGGAGGUGCCGGUGUCGCCGCCGCAGCCGGCGUCGCAGACAGGGAAUGCAAAGGCCUCCAAGAGGACACGCCGCGGGUCGAUUGGCGUUGAGGACAGCCCCAGACACAAGAAGCAGAAGACGAACAAGGCCUCGUCGGCGAACGUCGCGAAGGUCAACCGCGCGAAGGCUGUAAGCGCAGAAAAGGGGGUAGGCGAGGGAGCGAGGAUGCCUGGAAGGCCCUCGAGCGUCAUCAGCAGUGACUCAGACGACGACAUGGAGGAUAUACCCGCCACACUGCCUUGGUCGUCGUCGAAUCGGGCGGCGCGUUAGCUUGCGGGGGGGACAUCAGCUUGUAACGAUGUACC